GGAUGCCCCCACAUCCACUGAGCCAUGACGAGCCAACGGGUGCGCGUCUUCCGCUGCGGCUUUUCCCCCCCCACUGCGCCCUGGUUGCCACUUUAACGCAGACAGCGGCAUUUGCAGAGAAGUUGGUCGUAUUUGUGAGCGUCCGAACCGAUGUGGCUUCUCGGAUCAACUUCCCAAGUGAUGAUGAUGAUGGACGAGCGCCUUUCUCCCUCCGCGCGCUGCGUCCAGAGCCCGGGGGACAACCCGUCCACGGUCCACAGCAUAGAGGCCAUUCUGGGAUUUAAGGAGGACACCAUCUUCCACAAGUCGGCCUGCUACAGCCUGGCAGAGAAAGUCCUGGUGAAAGACGCCGAGCGGAAUGCGAUGAUGAAGAAAGGACACGCCGCGGAAAGUUUUGACAGUGUGUGUUGCGCCGACGGCGCCGCUGACGCGUCCGCGUGCCCGAGCUCACCGGACGGAGACGGAAAACUGUCCGACGAUGAAAACCCGAAGAAGAAACACCGCCGGAACCGAACAACAUUCACCACCUUCCAGCUGCACGAGCUGGAGAGAGCUUUCGAAAAGUCCCACUACCCGGACGUGUACAGCAGGGAGGAGCUGGCGCUGAAGGUCAACCUGCCGGAGGUCCGAGUGCAGGUUUGGUUUCAAAACCGGCGGGCAAAAUGGCGUCGGCAGGAGAAGCUGGAGGUGAGCUCCAUCAAGCUCCAGGACACCUCUUCCUCCCUGCUCUCCUUCAGCCGCUCCCCCACGGGCUCGCUGUGCUCCAGCCUGCAGCUGGACCCCUGGCUCUCCACCCCGAUCACAACCUCCGCCUCCCUGCAGUCGCUACCGGGCUUCAUCACCGGCUCGCAGGGCCUCCCGUGCACUUACGCACCUUCUCCUCCCCCUUCCAUGCCCUCCUCCUUGCCGCCGUCCUUCCUCAACUCCCCGGCCUUGGGACACGGCCCUCACCUGCCCCACAUGGGCUCCAUGUGCCCCCCGCCCCCGGCCUACCACUGCUCGGUUGACCCCAGGAACUCUAGCAUUGCCUCGCUGAGGAUGAAGGCCAAGGAACACAUUCAGUCCAUCGGGAAGACGUGGUGAUGCCGGGUGGAGAUUAUGAAAUGGACAAUGGGAACCUGGAGUGCGUCGUCCGGCAUCUUUUGAAAAAAACAACUUCAUGCGGACGGGAUUGAUAUUUUUGAGAGAGUGAGAUCUCCAGUUGACAUCGGAGACACACGCGGCGCUUAUAAGGGUAACCCUUUUCCUCUCACGUUAACGAUAACAAAAGGGGUGUAUAAAGAUUGAAUAAAUGGUUGUUACUGAAUAAAUGGAUGUACUGAAGUAAAUUUUAAAUCAUAAGAGUCUGGUGAUGAUUUUUAACAGAUAAAAAAGUAACAAGCUGGUACGUUGUUUUCAUAAUAUGGCUUCAAAACUGUAUUCAUUAACUAAUUAUUUCUAAAAUGCUCACAACUUCAAUAUAAUGUGUUAGAAACCACUUGUUAAAUGUUUCUAGUGCCUAUAAAUGCAUGAAAUGGGGCCCAAAGUAAAGCUUUACCCUUAUAAGUAUCCAAAUCUUUGACACUAACAGGAAAUGUAAAAUUUUGAACACUGAUGGUUUUUCUUGUAAUUUUCUUUCUCUUGUGUUAUUCAUUUGUUGGACUUUUCUUAUCCAGUGUCCAUUAGUACCAAUAUUUAUUCUUCUUUUGUAAAUGUAGCACUCCUCAUUUUGAUCAAUCCUCCCCUGCUGCCUUUUGAUCUUCAUCAUGAAACAGUUAACAAAUGUGAAUAUUUGUCUACGCAAUAAAGUUUAUACGUACAAUUCCUGAA